AUGCGCCAUGGUCCGGGACGGGUGCUGAAACUGACCUUCAAGGACGUGGCCAUGGAAGAGCUGGCACUCUUGGACUCUGCCCAGAUCAACCUGUACCAAGACGUGAUACUGGAGAACUUCAGGAACCUGGUCUCUGUGGAAGACAGGAUUUAAAACCCUAACCUUAUGAACCUUCGGGGAAAAGGCUUGAGUCACCUCUCACCAGAAAUGCUCUACUUUUGGCAAAUUUGGAACCAAAGGAUCAGCGAAUUGAUCGUGAGUCAUGAUUAUGUUAUUAUGAAUCUGCAAGGAGAUUGUUCCCAGUAUUUAGGAGACAUUUCCCUCUGUGAAGAGUGGACAGGAGUGUCUCUUCAGAUUUCUGAAAAUGAAAACCAUGUAAUAAAUGCCAUUUAUUUAGAAAAUCAAGACAUUACAGCUUGUAAAAGCCUGACACAGGUCCUUACCAGAGAAUCUUGGAAGAAAGGCAACCUAAUGACUGAGCCCCAUAAUCCUUGGAGAAAGCAGAUGGAAGAGAAACUGGAUGGAUGUGCUUGGUGUGAUGACAGCUUCCUUUCGACCUUACGUGAUUAUGAUGAUUCCCAAGAAUGUAAAGGAGAGGAACUUUGUAGAUACACCAACUGUGGGAGACAUUUGGUUAUAAAGUCAACAGUCAAACACAGUCACAUGGUCCAUGCAGUGUGGCACGCUUUCAGAUGUAAUAACUCUGGAAUGGGCUUCACAGAUGAUGCUCAUGUUCAUCACAGUGCUAACACGGGAGGAAAAUCUUAUAAACACCAUCUGUGUGGAAUGGACUUUAGCCAGAGUUCAGAACGUACUGUUCAUGAUAAAACCCAUUUCUCAGGGGAGAAAACAAGUGAAGGUCAAGAGUGGGCUCAGGGCUGCAGACAGAACUCAGACCUUCCUAGGAAUCCCAGUGGCCCUCCAGGAGACAAGCCCUAUAAAUGCAUGGAAUGUGGCAAAGGCUUCAGUUGCAAUUCCUGUCUUCACAACCAUCGCCGAGUCCACACGGGGGAGAUGCCCUACACCUGUGAUGUGUGUGGGAAGGGGUUCGGAUUCGGGUCACUCCUGUGUAUCCGUCAGAGGGUCCACAGUGGGAAAAGGCCCACCGAGUGUGGGAAGGACUUUGAUCAGAGCUCCAACCUUUUUGUCCAUCAGAAGGUCCACUCAGGGGAGAAACCCUACAAAUGCAGCGAGUGCGGAAAAUGCUUUGGUUCUAGCUCAGUUCUCCAAGUUCACCAGAAGCUGCACACGGGGGAGAAGCCUUACAGGUGUGAUGAGUGUGGUAAGAGCUUUAGCCAAAGCACACACCUGCGCAUUCACUAGAGGGUCCACGUUGGGGAGAAACCCUACAAGUGUGAUGUGUGCAGGAAGGCUUUCGCCUGCAGCUCAGUUCUGCAUACUCGUCAGAGAGUUCACACAGGAAAGCCUUACACGUGCCGAGUGUGUAGUAAGGGCUUCAGUUACAGCUCCUAUGUUCACUUACAUCAGAGAGAUCACACCCAAGAGAAGCCAUAUAAAUGUGACAAGUGUGGGAAGGGCUUCAGUUGGAACUCAGAUCUUCACGUUCAUCUCUGAGUCCACACAGGAGAGAGGCCCUAUUAGUGUAAGGAGUGUGGGGAGGGCAUCAGUUGUAACUCAUAUCUUCUUGCCCAUUAGAGAGUUCAUAGGGAUGAGAUGGACUAUGCAUUUCAGAAGUUUCGUGCACUCAACAAUAUUUCCUAUUCAGGAGUGCCGGGUAUUGCCCUCUCGGAGAGUCUCCGGAACCUGCGAAGUGACUCGGAAGAACUUCCGUUUCACGGGAGGUUGCGGCCAUCACUCCCUUUAUGCAGUGGUGACUUGAAUCCCAGUAACAGCUCCGCGCUUACUCAGUCUAGGCAAGGGGCCAACAGUGGUCCCGGAAGAGAAGCGAUGGUCGGUGGGUGA